AUGUGUUAUGUCCCUUCUUGCUUCAAAUGCUCUGCUAUCAUCCUGGUAUCCAAGAAACCCUCCAUCAAGGAGCUGAAUGACUACAGACCAGUUGCUCUGACAUAUGUAGUAAUGAAAACCUUCAAAAGGUUAGUGCUGGCCCACCUGAAAACCAUCACAGAUCCGCUGCUAGACAUCUUUGCCUACUGCGCAAAUAGAUCAGCAGAUGAUGCUGUCAAUAUGGCACUGCAGUACAUCUUGCAACAUCUUGAAUCCCCAAAGACCUAUGCAAGGGCCCUUUUUGUAGACUUCAGCUCUCUUCAGACCAUCAUUCCAGAAAUCCUUCUCUCUAAACUGACUCAGCUGCUGUGCCUGAUGAUUUACGAUCAGACUUUCUGGAUCACUAGUUUGCAAGAUUAUAAAAAGAAAAUGAGUGAGUACCCAGAGACUAAUGUGAAAGUACCUCUUGGAACCAAAAGCCUAGAUGCUUUUUUUUUUUUUUGCAUUCCUAGCAAGAUGCUACUUUAUGGUGUGAUUAUUACUCAUGGAGCAUCAGGUGAUAUGAAUUUCUCCCACCUUGUUUCUUUGGCAAACUACCUUGCAUCUAAUGGAUUUCUGUGUCUGUGAUUCACCUGCAAAAGCCUUAACAUCAUUCGUCGGGCUAAAGCAUAUAAAGCAGUUGAGGUGGAAUGUUUAAGAUUGUCAGAUGACUACAAACUUUCUGGAAUUUUUUGGGGAGAUUGUUCAAUGGGUCCUCGUGCUGCUGCUAGUGUGACACAGCAGGCUAACCAAAAUAACGAUAGCUUCAUUCUAAGCCUGAUAUCUUAUCUACUGCAUCAUCCAAAGCUUCAAAUUAAACUUGAAGAUUUAUUGGUCAUUAAUUCCCCCAUCUAAUUUGUGUCUGGGACUACGGAUGUGAUAGAGUAA